AUGUUAAAAGACACAACGAUAGGUUCUGACAAGUAUGGCGUGAACAUCGAUGACAAAGAAUGCGAUCAUCACUUUCAAUUUUCAUCUUCAACACUACCUUGUAUCAAGGACGAUAGCCGUAUUGCGGGUGUUGUACUUGCAUUUGCAGAUAACGAUGAGCCUUUUGAGCGAUUCACCGACUGUAGCAUCUAA